AUGGGCGCGUUCCCGUCGCACGACACCCCGGAGCUGUUCUACACGACGCUCGUCCCUCGGCCUUCGACGGGCACUCAAGUUGAGGUCUGCCUUGUGCCGCUGCUGCCGCGCUUCUUCAACGACACGCACAAAAAGGCGAAGCGCAAACUCAACGACAUUCUCUCACGCAAUGGGGCGGAGCAGCCCGCAGCGGCGGCGACGUCGUCGGGGACGGCGACGCCAGGGAGUGCGGCGGCGAGCGCCCCAUCGAAGCGGAUGGAGCCGACGAGUAGCGGCCCCAUCGUGGAUUGCCUCAUCGCCUCCACGGACCCCUACUUCCUCAUCAAGGCAAAGGACGCGAUCAUGAGCAGGGAGGCACUGCUCGAGCACCAGCAGCAAAUGAAGAAAAAUAAAUCGGACACCCCGGACCCCCUCGCGGCGCCGGCGGAGGCGGAGGCCUCGGCAAAGGAGCCAAACGCCCCCCAACAACAGCAUACGGCGCAGCACUCCACCCUGCAACCCUCCUCUUUCCCGCUGAUGCGUCCAGUGCCGUUUGCUGUCUGCAUCCUGGACCCCGACAACGCCAGCAAUGACUCCUCCACAGUAGCGGCAAAGCCACAUUCGCUUUCGAACAGGCAACAUCAGAAUCUUGCAGCAAAUAGUGGAAAUGUCUUAACGAUCAAAGGUCGCCGUCUGCAACUCGUGGGACUGAUAUCGUGUUGCCUGGGUCGUCAGGUGCACCUUAUUAACCCUGCCACCUUUACCAAGACGCAGGUGCUUGGUGGAGGGAAUGGCACAUCCUCGUCAACUCCGGGUAUAGGGGAUAGCAGGAAGCCGUGCAUCCCCGUGGUGUUAGAUGUCAUAUUUGACGACGUCGAGGCGCAUGGGUAUCUCACAGAGCAUGUCGUGCUUCUAGCUUCUUUAGCGUUUCGAAAGCAAUUUGUGAAUUCAUGCGCCCUUUAUUACCCUGCUAACGAUAGAGAUGUCGAAGCCUCCUUUGACUAUUAUAUGGAACGCUUACAACUACGGCUUGUACUACAGCGGAAUAACUACCGCGAACUGCGUAUGUUUUAUUCGCACUAUGCAUUGUUAGACAUGAUAAAGGAGCUUCACAUGCAAGAGGCUGCCCCCACGCAUUUCUCGCUGUAUGAGACGCACCUUGGCGAGUACGGUUUGGAAGUGACCUUCAGUAACAAGUUUCUAGGCACCUGGAUGCGGUAUGUGGAGAGUAAAAUGCAGGUGGACCGUGUCAAAGGUCAACACGUCCGCUGUAGCGCAAAAGAAUUUUUGCAGGAGCGUCAACGGUUAAUACAGGAGCGACACGACAGCGGGGUUCUUUUGGAGGAGGAGGAAGAGGAUGAGCGUCUCUACGGAGGUCCACUGCUUGCAGCUACACUCAAGCAGUGGCUUUUGGCGGGGUCGCAGUUGCUUCUGCAGCAGCAGGCCCAACUCACUGCGGCUCAACAAAUGGUGUUCCCUCCCGCGUCUUCGACCGCGGCUGGCUUUUGGUCGCAACUGCCCCCGAUGGUGAUGGGAAUGCCUCCUGGGUGGACACCGAACGUCAUGCCAUUCAACGCCGCAGCAACGCCAAUCCCACUCAUGCCAGGCCAGCAGCAGCAGCCGCCACCGCAAUUUAUGAUUCAUGGAGGUCGACCGCAGCUGUGCUACCCUUCGCCACAAGCGACUAUUCCAGGCACCACCACUUUCUCGCCGCCCGUCGGUAUGCAAGUCGUCUCCUCCGCUCCUUCAUCUUACGGUGUGGCGGCGCCCGGUAUGCCGCCGCAGCAGAUUGUGUACAUGUUUCCCGGCGGUCAAGUUUACCCGUCAUCUGCCAUACCACAUGCUGCGACCGCACCGGUCGCCUUCCCGCCUGCUCCCACCACGCCGAUGUACUUUGCGCAGCCGCCCUCGUAUGGGGUUCCUUAUAGCUCAUACAUGUUUCAACAGUCAGCACAGCCACAACCGGCGCCGGCACCACCGGAAUAA